AUGACGACGAUAGCGAAGAACAUGGCCGACCUUGUCGAGGACGACCACCCGAAUAAGGACAUCCAAGCGAUGGACGCCGCUCAGCAGGAGCAAGCUGUAGGCUAUAGAGAGUACCACGAAGCUCUCAGCCUCGAGGUGUCGGACAAAGAGAUGCGACGUCUCCGCUGGAAGCUCGAUUUGACGAUCCUUCCUAUCUUCUUGAUCACGCAGGCAUUGCAAUUCAUGGACAAGACAUCCCUGAAUUACGCCAACCUCUUUGGUUACCAGGCUGCCUUGGGUCUUAAGGGAACUCAGUUCAACUACCUGUCCGCAAUGGUCUAUGCCGGUUACUUCUUUGGACAGUAUCCCUGCGGGUGGCUCAUCGGACGCUUCCCCGCCCAGAAGGUCAUGGCCAUCAGUAUCAUGAUGUGGGGCCUGAUGGUUGUCGUCAUGACCCAAGCUCGCAGCUACUCGAGUGCCAUGGCCGUUCGUUUCAUCAUGGGCAUAUUCGAAGCGGCUGUUACGCCGGGCCUGACGCUGAUGACUGGCUUUUGGUACACCCGCCGCGAGAUCCCGCUCCGCCAGUGCAUCUGGUACUCGUCACUUGGUUGGGGAGGCAUCAUUGGAUCAUAUAUCUCUAUGGGUGUCUCGAAGCUGCCUACUACCUUCAAGCCUGAGCGCUGGGAGUUGAUCUUCUACAUUCUUGGUGGUGUCACAAUCAUCUGGGCUAUUUUCAUCUGGUUUGCUCUGCCCGAUUCGCCAUCCAAUGCCCGGUUCCUCAGCCACCGUGAGCGCCUUGUCGCCGUCCGCCGCGUCGCUAGCAACGAAACGGGCAUCAAAAAUAAGCAUUUCGAGAAGAAGCAAAUAUGGGUUGGAUUCACGGACCCAAAGACCAUUCUUCUCUUCAUCAGUGUUUUCGCUGCUGCUAUUCCCAACGGUGUCGUCAAUUCUUUCUCGACAAUCAUCAUCCAGGAUAUGGGGUUCAGCACCACCAAGACAACAGAGCUAAAGUCUGUCGGUGAUGCGGUGCAAAUCGUUGCUCUUCUCAUCGGAGGAACCGUCAUUCUCAACGUUCGAAACUCGAGACUGAUCACGGCCACGGUCGCAAAUGCGCUUUGCACCAUAGCCGCAGCGUGCAUGGCUUUCCUCCCCCGAUCUAACACUUGGGGCAGACUUGUGUGUUUCUGGCUGGUCAACUCGCAGUCGGUCGGUUUCACCGUAUCUUUGACCACGAUCUCCUCCAACAUGGGUGGAUACACUCACCGUUCUCUUGCUAGUGCCGUGGUAUUCACCGCCUAUUGCUGGGGCAACUUUGCUGGUCCAUUCGUAGUCAAGCCGUCCCAGGCCCCUCGCUAUACAGGAGCCACCAUUGGUCUUCUAGUCGGUUAUGCUAUCAAGCUUGGAUGCCAUCUUGGGCUACUGGGUUACAUGUACUUCACCAACCGACAUCGCGACAACACGUACGGGCCCGCAGACAAGGAAGCUAGUGACGAGGCAGGUAUGAGAGAUCAGACGGAGUUCGAGAAUAAAAACUUUAGAUACGUCCUCUAG